UGUCUCUGGCACAUAGGGAUAACCAUAAGAAAUGAAUUUCAAUGUCUGGAAUAUCAAAGAUAUGCUCAGUAUUCCAUCAGGCUCUGGGACCACUAAGUCAUCUAACUGGACCAAUAAUCAGACUGAUUACUCCAGUCUCAGUGAUUCUCAGUUCCUCUUUGGAUCCCAGUUCUGUCCAGAAAGUUCAGAGACCCUGUCAGCACCCUUGGAUGUUGGUGUCCAUUUGAGAGAUCCAACACAGUUACAAAAGAAUUCUCUGGAUAAUGAACCUAGUAUUUUCACAAAGUACCAGACAAAACCCCAGCUGUUUGGAGAAGAUAUAAAAGAUGGAGGCUUAUUUCCUCUUCCUCUGCCAGUUGGAAAAUCAAAAGGCCUCUUGGAACAGUUUGAAGAGAAAAAGAAAAUAGCAAAAGACAAAUUGGACAGUGAGACUCUAUACAAUUUCAUUUCCCAUGUCAGAGAAAGCAUUUGCAAGUUGCAGACAUCUGUGGAAAAGUCUGAGGAACAUCUCAGUUCCAGAAGCCAAUCUAUUCUGGAUUCUCUGGAGACAGUGGCCAAGACCUUGCAAGAAACUGUGCAGGCCCAGAGUGGUCUGGUGUUGGAAACAGCGCAGGACAAAGGCAACGUGGAGCAGGCUAUCCUUGAGCUGCACAAGAGACUUGAAGCUAGACAAGAAGAGUUUAUAGAAUUGAAGUCUAGCCUGAAACACCUUGAAGUUGCAGUUGCCCUGCAAAGUAAGGACUUUCAGCAGCUGUGUGAGCAGCUAGGCCAGCUGAAUGUGCCCAGCGUCCUCACAGAGCUGAAGAGCUUGAUCUCAGUGCCUCGGGUACCUGUCCAUGUGAAAGACAGCACCUCCCAGACCUCACCACCACUGCCCCAGAGCCUCAAUUUCACCAGGCAGGACAAACAUGCCCCUGAGGAGUCAGCUACGGGCCAGGCCCAGGCAAUCCCUGCUGCGCGGAAUCUUAGGACAGGCUUCCUGCGGCCUAGGAAGUUUGGUGAGGGAGCAAAGAGGGCAGCUGUCCAAGAAGAAGCCACACUGCUGGCAGCUGGAGGCUGCAAGAGAAACAGGCGAGCCAGAGACAAGGCCGUGCAGACUAACUGCGAGAAUCAGCUUAUUACUAAAACAAGCUCAGGGAACCAUGGCACCAGAGACCUGGUUUCCCAAGGAGCCUUGCGGCUUAUCUCCCUGGACUUAAACAACUUUGUAACCAGCCAAAAACGUCAAACCAAAGACGUGUUUUCAUGUGACCCUAGUGAGCAGAGGUUGGUGCCUGAACAGGGAGGCAGAACUGUAGAUCGCAGGAGGAAGGGCCAACAGCCACCCAGGAAAGCCCACAGAGGCAGGCCCCUUGCCAGGAAGCAGGAGCAAACCCAAAGCAAAGCCCGUUCUUUCAAUUCUAAGUGUCCCCAGCCUCUGGAUUCUGGCUCACAAAGGUCCCCCCCAGAGCAGCAGGAACCUCUUGCUCAGCCCCUGCAUCCGUGUGGCCCCAGGAACCCCACAAAGCCAGUUUACCCUGCUCUGGGAGGAGCACUCACACCCAGGACAAUGGAGGCAGCACAAGGGACCGUCCUGCAGCUCAAUGGGCGCUCUUCCCAAGACGACAGCCAGGGUUGUAACAGUUCCAAGGGGGACCACGAAAUGAGCUGGUUCAGUGACCUCAACCUCGAAAGUUCCCAGGACCCUCUCUGCAAGCAGCCGGGGAAGAAUGUGCUCUAUGACCUGGGUUUUGAUAGCAGCGAUGAUGGCUUCUGA